UGUACCAAAGCAUUCACCACCUUGACACAAUUCCAUACACAUGUUAAUCAAUAUCAAAAUUCAGUGCAAAAAUGGGCGCCUCGGUAUGUAAGCCGUGCACCAAAAACAAGAAAAAAACACUUUCUGGCGGUUCGAUUUUGGACAGGGUGAUUAGCCAGGCCUCCAAUCAGGAUCAAUGUCUUUUAUACAAGUUGGCUAAUUACAAAAAAGGUGGUGAACUGAUAGACGCUUACACAUCCGGCGGACAACCGGAGGUGGAACGUCUGAUUCGCGAACAAUUUGGUCAACUGAUGUAUCAAGAUGGCAAAGGUCAAACGAUCAACCGUUCGGAAUAUCUCCGUUGGAAGUUUCGGGAUCAUGAUCAAGUGAUCCUUCCGAUAGAGGCGUCCUUAAGUCGAUAUGAUCCUCUGGGUAAAUGGCAAGACCACGAGGCCUGCUGGCAGAUGCAGUACAGGGGAUCUUUGGGUGAAACAUUGGUGCACGUUUUAAUCAUCUGCGACACCAAAAUCCACACGAGAUUAGCCAGAACGCUUAUCAAGUGUUUUCCUAAAUUGGCCGUUGAUGUUGUCGAAGGAGAGGAGUAUUUAGGAGCAAGUGCUCUACAUUUAGCCAUUGCCUACAAUAAUAACGAAUUAGUUCAGGAUUUAGUUGAGGCUGGUGCUAACGUCAAUCAAAGAGCAAUUGGUAGCUUCUUCUUACCCCGCGACCAACAACGUCCUAAACCAGCAAAACACACCGAUUAUGAAGGUCUAGCAUACCUGGGUGAAUAUCCGUUGGCUUGGGCGGCUUGUUGUGCCAACGAGAGCGUAUAUAACUUGCUGUUGGACAGUGAUGCCCAUCCGGAUCUACAGGAUACUUUCGGAAACAUGAUUUUACACAUGGUUGUGGUCUGUGAUAAGCUGGACAUGUUCGGAUAUGCACUGAGACAUCCAAAAUUACCUGCAAGUAACGGUAUCGUUAACAAAGCUGGAUUGACGCCCUUAACUUUGGCAUGUAAACUUGGGAGGGCCGAAGUGUUUAGAGAGAUGCUGGAAUUGUCAGCAAAAGAGUUCUGGAGGUACAGCAACAUAACUUGUUCUGCUUACACUUUAAAUGCCUUGGAUACUUUGUUACCAGAUGGGAAAACAAAUUGGAAUUCAGCUCUUUUUAUCAUUUUGAAUGGAACGAAGGAGGAACAUUUAGAUAUGUUGGACGGUGGGAUCAUUCAAAGAUUGUUAGAAGAGAAAUGGAAGACUUUUGCUAGAAAUCAGUUUUUGAAGCGCCUUUUGAUAUUGAUUGUUCAUUUGAUAUUCUUAUCGUUAGCAGUUUAUUUAAGACCCGACGACCCCGAUGAACCUCUAUUACAUUGGACUGACAAUAUAACUGUCCUCGCAAGAUAUGCUUGUGAAAUUGGAACACUUCUCGGGGUUCUUAGUUAUGUGGUCUUCCAACAAGGUGAUGAAAUCAGAAACCAAGGUCUUUGGACGUUUUUGAAACAACAGUCUAAUUCGCCACCUAAAACAAUAUUCUUGAUCUCGAACCUGUUGAUCCUGGCCUGCAUUCCCUGUAGGUUGCACGGCGAUAGGAAAACUGAAGAGGCUAUUUUGUUGUUUGCCGUACCCGGUUCUUGGUUUUUAUUGAUGUUUUUUGCUGGGUAAACACCUUAAGAUUUAAUUGAUUUUACGACAAGUACAAUUUGUGAAUUUAGAGCUGUAAGAUUAACCGGACCGUUCGUAACGAUGAUCUACAGCAUGAUAACAGGCGACAUGCUGACGUUCGGCAUCAUCUACACCAUAGUUCUCUUCGGUUUCUCUCAGACCUUCUAUUUCCUUUACAAAGGAUUCCCGGGAGUGCAAUCCACUCUCUAUCACAGUUAUCCCUCCACUUGGAUGGCCCUUUUUCAAAUCACAUUGGGUAACUAUGACUACCAGGAAUUGUCGUUGACUUCUUAUCCGGGCGUUGCGAAAACGGUUUUUGCCAUUUUUAUGGUUUUCGUACCCAUUUUGCUUUUGAACAUGCUGAUAGCGAUGAUGGGCAACACUUAUGCUCACGUCAUAGAACAAAGCGAAAAGGAAUGGAUGAAACAGUGGGCGAAAAUCGUCAUAACUCUAGAACGGGCGAUCCCGCAAUCCGACGCACACCAUUAUUUACAAGAGUAUAGCAUUUCUUUGGGACCGAGCGAAGAUCCGAGCACCGAACAACGAGGCGUGAUGGUUAUCAAAUCUAAGAGCAAAACCAGGGCGAAACAACGCAAGGGGGCGGUCACUAAUUGGAAGAGAGUGGGAAAAGUGACCAUAAAGGCGUUAAAAAAGAAAGGUUUAACUGGCGAAGAGAUGCGAUGUUUGAUGUGGGGCCGCGAGUCAAUCAACACCCCGAUCAAAACAAAAGAUAUAAAAAAAGAUCCACUGACUAAUCCACAAGGUCCCGAUUUAACAGGAGGAUUCGGCAAUGCGAUUUCCUCGGCUUUAGAUGUGAUGGCUUUCACACAUGAUAUGAACAUAAAUGGAGCCGCACAAGGUUUAAAUUUAGCCAGUAACAUCCAAAAAAUUGACAAACCACAGCAACAGAUGCAGCAGGUACCGUUGUUGGACAAUGUAGCUCUUAACAAUCAGUUAAACAAAAUGUUGACUGGUCAAAUUGUACCAGAACCGUCAACAGGUUUAUCAAUGUUCGGAACACUUUCCCAACUCACCGAAUCUCAAGGAUUCGCACAACAGACACAACACCACCAACAACAACAGCAACAACAACUACAACAUCAACAGACAAUUAAGACAAUUCCAGUUUCUAUUUCAACAAAUGAUCCACUUCGUGAUUUAGUGUUGCUCUCGUUGUGUAAAAAUAGUGAGAAAGAAACGCUGGACUUUUUAGCGAAGGCGUCGGCCGAUCUGAGGGAUGUGGAGGAGGUCGCGCCUCAAAAGCAACCGACCAAGGGUGCCAAAAGUUUAGCGGGUAUUUUCGCGGGCACCGAGAUGUUCAAGCGUGUUGAAGAGACUGUCAAGAGGAAAUACGCCGCUCUAGAACCCAGCGAUAGCGAGGGAUUAGGAGAAAUAUUAUUGGGAAAGGUGUCGAGAACGAGACGUGCCAAAUCAGCUCAUUUGAGGAACUCAUCGGCAAAAUCACGCGUUUCGGAUAAAAGAAAAUUGGUUGAUUCCGAUUCGAAUUCGAGUUCGACUGACACACCGGAUUCCGGUAAACGUCCGGAAGAAACUCAUCUGGAAUAUGCGGAGGAAAGAAUGAAAAACGUCAAGGAGAGCCUGAAAGCUGAAAACGCCACUCAAAUCAGACCGAAGAACAUUGAUGCUGCUCUAGAGGAGGAUCAGUUGUCUGCGUCAAUAUGCGAAACAAUAAGAUUUCAGGGUUCAGGAGAUGGGCAAGAUGUUCAAUCCGCAAACUAUUCGAAAACGAAACGAAAGAAACGGUCCAAAAGCUCUAAAAAUAACAGGGUUGCGCCAGUUCCAGAGAAAAGGUCGUGCAAAUCUGCUUCUGAGAAAGUAGAUUCUGAAGAUUGUGAUUCGCCUGAUCCUUUAGAGCCAUGGAGCAUAAAAGGAAUCGCCAAUAUGAAUAAAAUACUUGCGUGGGAAAAUGAACAAGAUAGUAUGUAAUUAGUUAAAUGUAUUUAAUGUUUUAUAGGAAA